GCCUGGUUUCCAAUUUUGGCCCCUACCUGUUCCGGCAACUGGUAUACAACCCGGAGUAAUCAUAAGUACAUACUAGAUGGCGUUCGCAAAACAGUCAAAUCGGGGAUUAGUUUAAACAAGCUCAGCAACUAUAUAAAGGGGCACAGUCACCAGCCACGACUUCCAACAUCAAAACGAACACACCUGUCACAUCAACCCAAAUACUACAUCCAAAUUUCGAUACAAUGCCCUCCCUCUCCAUCCUGGCCGCUGCGGCCCUAACCCUCCUCACCUCCAACGCCAUGCCUCAGCCCUCCCCCUCCCAAAUUUUCGCCCGCAACCAAUCCUGCUCCGUCAUCCAACAAGUCACCUCAACCUUCUACGGCUACCCCGACAACUCCCCCCCUGGCGCUGGAAUUGCCUACACGCAAUGCGGCCGCAGCGCGGCCGGAGGGAGCGGCACAUUCUCCGACCCAGUAACCUUCGCGACCGCAUCUGGCGAGUUCGACGUGUGCGAGGUAAUCUACGCGCCAUACCUCAAAAAGUACCUGCGCUAUGAGGACGAGUGUGCGCAGUGCGAGACCGACUGGAGUAGCGGCACGUACCAUGUUGAUACCUGGAUUGGUAGCAGUACACAGGAUGGCGGGCAAGAUCAGAUCAAUUGUGAGGAUAACUUGACUCCGGAUGCGCAGAGUAUUAUUCGGUAUCCGGCGAGUGACUUGGAGGUUGAUGCUACCCCGUUGUAUGAUAAUGGUCAGUGUAAUACCGACCAUACGUAUACGGGUUAUGAUACUUCGACAUACUGCUCUUCAUAG